CUGUUCCUCGGGCGCGGAUGGCGGCGGCUGGGCCAGGCGGCCUCCGGGCCGGGGAGCGGCGAGGGGUCGGCGGCGUGACCUGGCAGCGGGACCCCGCCGGCAACUGGAUCCGGCGCCUGGAAGCAGCAGGUGAGGGGCGCCGGGCCAGAGAGAGCCGCGUCCGCGCGGAAGCCGCGCAUCCUGAGCUCACUGAGGUCGCGGGGCUUCCUCGGGGGAAAUGGAAACACGCAUUAGCAGAACUGAAAGGAGGAAGGGCCUGUGCCUUUUAUUUCAAACUCUCUUCAACUCUCCUGGGAGGAACAAGCCGCAAUCACCCGCCUCCAGAUCUGUUAGUUGGUGAAUGCUAAAGACACUCUUAAUUUAUUUUUAUUUUCUGGUGUGCUGCUGAAAUAGGAAAUGAAAGAAGCAGCACGCCCGUCCUUUCUAACUAUUCAAAAAGACACCACAGUUGAGAGAGUGGUCGGUGAAAGGACAGAGGAUCAAUCACCUAAAAAUAUUGAAUUGAAUUGACAAGCCCUAAUCUAAAACCAACGUGGCUGAAGCUUGGGAAAGGAAUUUGAGGAUGGGGCAAAGUUGCCCUAAUCCUGCCUCACGCCAUUUCUUCUCCAACUCCUGUGCACUGACCCCCAUUUCCUCUCCCUCCUUAGGAUUUCACCUGGACACCCCAGCAGGGGACCCGAGACCUGAGCAGGUGGGGGAAGAAGGCCCCUUUCCAGAACAUAGCUGUCAACUUUCGGAUUUGAAAAUAAGGGAUCAGCAGCCUCACCUGUCCCGGGGACAGUCCACGGGAUAUCUAACAAUCUGGGAAGCAGCAGGAAACGGCGCUGGAAUAAGGGAAUUUCCCGCAAAAAAAGGGAAGGUUGACAGCUAUGUUCCAGCAGGAGUUGCAGGCCUCCCCCUCCAACUGCGAGGCAUUAAUCCUCUUCUGCUUCUCUGCUCCUUCCAGCUGCUGCACGUUCAGAAAGCACAGCCAAGGGUGCUGAGGGCCAGCCUGCCGCCUCUUCGCGGGCCACAAGCCCUGCCAAAGGCCCUCGGAACCAGCAGCAGCUGCAUCGAGAGCUAUUGUUCACCCAUCGCAAGUAUGGCUAGAAGCUCCCGGCCUGCUAUCACUCUUUGGUGUUUCUUGAGUGUCUUUCCAGUGGGUCUGUGCUGGUUGCUGGGCAGAACAACCCACACCUCUGGGUUCUUUCAGCUUUGUUCCAAUCCCUCUUAAGGCCUUUCCAGGUGACUGUGUUUCUUUCUUGCAACGUUAAAUGUAUAGCUUGUUGAGAGGAAGCCAGAGAUCCUUUAUCAAGGAAAUCCAUUUUCCAGCACUCCAAACGCAGUAUCUUGUUGCUCAGAAAAUUGCUCUCUCCUCCCCUUCCCUGUCUCCACUGCUGGUCUGCCUAUUGCAAUGGUUUUUGCCAUCUAGACCCACUUUGUGGAGGUGUCAGGAACACCUGUGGCUUUGUUAGCGAUGGGCAACACUCCCGUUUCUCUAUGCCAUUUCACGACUUUAAAAAUAAAUAAAAGUCAAUUUGGAUGGCAUUCUGCAAGCAGAGUUAUACACAUAUAAUAAAACUUUCCUAGUUUAUUCUGGGCUGAAGUGCUGGCCUUCAGCCAGAAUAAUAUUUCCUAUGUAUCUGUAAACUUGUGAGAAAAAGUAUUCUGAAGCUUCACAACUAUCACCCUAGUUUAUCUAUCCGUGAGAGAAAUGUGUUGAGGUAUUAACUCAAACAAAGAUACUUCACCUCCUUGCCUUAUGUGAAACUGCUGUAACAGUUUGUGCAUAUUCAUGUUUCCCAUUUUGAGAGAGAAACAUAAAAAAUUGUAUUUUUCUAGGAAUGAGGAGAGUGUACCCAAUUUUGGGCUUGCAGCUCAUGGGGUAAUGGCCCUAACGAAGUUGGUGCUGUGUUAGUCCAUUCCAAGCAUAUUUGCAUAUUUGUUAUUUAGGUGACAGCUUCUCUCCCACCAUGUAAAGUUAAAGGAGAAGUGGUGGGUGGUUUAUUGUAGCAAUAAACAAUAUCUAAGUGGACUUUAUUUAAAUUAUGUUGGAGGUGUAACACCCUAGAAGCAGGCUGUUUUCUUUAUGUGACAGAAUUGGGGGGCGGAGGGUGGGAAGCGGCUCAAACCAUACGUGCUAGAGGGCCUUAGUAUGAUGGACCACAGUCCUCAGUUUUUCCAAAUAUUUGCCCACUUUUUGAGGGUCCUCUUGAGCUACUCAGUAACACAGCAGAACAGGUUCCACUCAAGCAUGUUGGUAGAGCAUGAGACUUUAAAUCUCAGGGUUGUGGGUUCGAGCCCCACAUUGGGCAAAAGAUUCCUGCAUUCCAUGGGGCUGGACUAGAUGAGCCUCAAGGUCCCUUCCAACUCCACUUUUAGGAUUUUAAUGCCAGGGAAAACUCUUUUACUCCUUCUAGCAAUUAAUGGAUGGCUGCAUGGAAUGUGGGCUGUGCUUGUGAUUAUUAAAAAGAGCUGAUUCCCCCCCAUUAUAUUUUAGGGUAUCUGGAUUAUUAUUUUUUAAUAAUAAUACUAGUUUAAAAGCAAAAUCCUAUACCAAUCUAGCCAGAAGUUAAGCCCCAUUGAGUUCAAAGGGGCUUUUCUCUCUGAUAAGUGGGUAUAGAAUUGCAGCCUGACUCAGUAACCAAAGAGUUAUGGAGAGUCUAAUGUUUAUUUUCCCUGCUAUCUUACUGAUGCUCACAUGCACGUCCAUUACUACGUUCUGGUUCUUCUAUUUGCUUUUACAUUUUUGCCUUUUUCUUUGUGUGUGUAAGUAAUUCUGGAAGGAUGGGAAGAGGUUUAGCAGAGGCAGGAAUCAACAGCAUUGCGGAAAUAUUUGUUAAUUGUUACCCUAUGUGUGAAUAGUGUAAAUGUGAGUAAAUAAUUAUAUACAUACAUCUACAUAAUUCCUCUCACAUUCGCUCAUGAAUGUGUUUAUGUGAGAGAACUAAGUGGGAAUGGACACAGAUAAAAUAUUGUGUCUACACAGAGAGAGCUCCAAUUGAUAAUAAUUUUUGUUUAUUACUUUAAUAUUCCACCUUUCCUCCAAGAAGCUCAAGGUAGCAUCCAUGGCUUUCCCUCCCCCCGUUUUAUCCUCAUAACAAUCCUGUGAAGCAGGUUAGGGCGAGAGACAGGGACGGGCGCAAGGUCACCCAGUGAGCUUCAUGCCGUGGUGCGGAUUGUGGCCUCCCGUGUCUUAGUCUGGUAUUCGAGCCCCCGCACCACCCUGUCCCUGAUAAUAAUGCCAGCUCUGAAUGUGCUGCCCCACUCUUGCUGCACAAUUCAUGCCCACUGCCAAGCUGGAGAAAACUGUGGCACUAUCCUCUUCCACCCACCUACCUGAGUGAUCGCCAUCCUUCUGCUCAGGAUUCUCUUUGUAACCUGAUUCGCAUCCCCAGCCCAAGAGGCUGCAGGUGUCGCCUUUCCUUCCUCUGCUGGCCUCCAGCCAAGCCCAGCGCCACCCAGGAGCUGUUUUUCCUGGCCACGCUCACUGGCCUACUUCUGGGGCCAGAACAGGGCAGCUUUGCAGGGGUGGGGGCUCUGCUCUGCCCACAGAAAGAGCAUGUGGGCGAGGGGAGCAAAGCUCCCUCAAGCCAACUCUGAUAAUGGGGAAAUUGCUCCUCAAAGCAAUUGGGGGCAGGCAGUGAGGGAGAUGGAGGAAUCUGUCCAUUUCUGGUCUCACAUUUUUCUAACCUUACGUUCAGUCAUCCACAUGUCUUCAGAAAUUUUCAAGUAAAAUAAAACAAAAUAAAUCCUCAUGAAAAUUCCUUCAACAUUUUAGUGUGAAUUUAUCCUAGUAAACAACUUUUAUAUUCAAUUUUGCCUAAUGUACACAUUUUUGCAUGCACUUUCUCAUAAGGUAUGCAAUGCAUUUUUGUGUUGUUUUCAUAAUUUCUUUUCUAAAAAAAGAGUACUGAUUAAAUUUGUAUACCACCCUUCAUCGCAAGAUCUGAGGGUGGUUCAUAAUAUAAAAAUACAAAAUGAGAAUACAAAAUACAUGAUAAAACAAAAACAAAUAACCAGUUCUCCAACAAACACAUUUAAAAAAUGAUAGAAUGUUCAUCAGCCAAAAUCUCAUUAUUCUGUCCCCAUAUUUUUUAUUCCCCUUGAUUUCCCCUAUAAUUUAUCAAAGUGAUUUAUCAACUGUCAUCAUCAUCAAACCUUUUAUUGGCAUCACAUACAAACAUCCAUAGCAAAUCAAUACAGAAUUCCCACCUUCCCAGUGACACAAAACAUUAGUCAAAUGAAAGAGGCAAAGCGGGCUAACAUUACAUCUCUAGGUCUCCAGGGAGAUCAGACGUCUGCAAUGUGUUUGAUUGCCAAAAAACCAGAUAAAGAUAUUUAGCCACUAACUUGGUGAGCUCCUGAUUAUUCCCCAGUAAUAGAAAAUGUAUGACCUCUAACUCUGGUUUCCACCUGGGGAUGCAGAGUUGAUCUAGGAACUGCUGGCAGAGAUCAACAUAUAGUUUACAUUUAAGAACCAUAUGUGUAAGAGUUCCCACCUGAUGGUCUUCACAUGGGCAAAUUCUUUCUCCUUCCACCAUUCCCAAGAACCUUCACCAUAUGAGGUUUGAAGGAUUUAAAUUAAACCUGGCCAGCGAAAAUGCCCUUCUUUUUGAGGAUUAAGCAAAAAUUCAAGAUAAAUUGUGGUUAAUUUCAUAUGCCCAAGAAAGCUGACAGUUAAGAGGGAAACAUGUUUUCUCUGCUGCUGCUGCUACUGCUUUUAGUUCCUGGCAUUCAUUGUUCCACAACCUAGUUUUUAUUUUAGCCUUGGCAGAUGGUGGGGACAUCAAUUGCAAAAAUUCCACUGACAACCCAAGUUGCUGUACCUUUAUGUUAAACCGUUGUAGCCCCGGGGAAAGAAAGGGAUCUAGCAAAACUUCACUAAGGAGAGGAUCUUUAUCUGUUGUGAGGCAGAUGUUUAACCAGCAUGUAAGAAAUCUCCCAGGCUACCGUCUCUACCUUGGGUUGACCUCCCUCUAAACACAAGGCUGCAUAGGGUACACAGCGUGGCACAGUAAAAAUCUUGAAGAGGAAAGCUGCCGGCACUUGUUCUACCAGCUGGGUAAACCCUGGCAGCCAGACUGGAAUUCCGUAGAGCAACUGAGCUAUAACUUUGGCACUGGAGACCUUGAGGGCAGAGGGGAUAUGCGAAUUACCUCUUCUUAUAAAGAAACGCAUUAUGGCUUGCAUAGACAUCUUACUGGUAUUCACCGCCAUUGCACAGUGCGAGGACCAUAGAAGCCUAUGAUGGAAUGUGAUUCCCAGGUAGUUGAAUCUGAAUACCUGCUGGAUGGGUUUUCCACCAAAUACCCAGCUAUAGCUUUUGUGUGAAUUCCCAAAAACCAUUAUUUUGCUUUUAUCAGAGUUCAUGCACAAUUUCAUUCUGGACAGAUAGUCAAUACAGGAAUUUAACAAACGUUUUAGGCCAAUUCUUUUCCGUGAAAGCAAAAUCAUAUCAUCAGUGUAUAGAAGGAUGGGAAUGCUUGAUGCAUUGAGUUUUGGGCUGUGGGCAUCCACCUGUUUUAGUAAAGAAGUGAGGUCGUUAAGAAAAAUAUUAAAAAGAGAGGGAGCGAGUAAACAGCCCUGCUUUAUUCCUCCAUUUAUAAUGACAGGAUCUGUCAUUACAUUCCCUGGUGUUGUUCUUAUGCGACAGGUGUUCUUUGCGUAAAGCUUUUUGAUCAAGUAAAGUAAUCUAGGUUCUAGGCCCAUUGUCUCCAAUUUGGACCAUAACAGCCCCCUGUCAACAGUGUCAAAAGUAGCCUUGAUAUCAAGGAAGGCCACAUAAAGACAUUCUUUUUGAAGCCGCAUGCAUUUAGCGGCUAAAUGAGAUAACACCUAACAGUUGUGUAAAGUAGAUUUCCCUGGCCUGAACCCUGCCUGCUCUGGACCUAUGAUGUUAUUCUCAUCAAGCCAAGUAGUUUAUUUAACAGAUGUUUAGCAUACCAUUUCCUGAUGUUUGACAGUAGACUUAUUGGCCGAUAAUUGGAUGGCAGCUUUUUGUCACCCUUUUUAAAGAUUGGGAUAAUUAUAGAUUGCUGCCAUGAGUUAGGUAUGAUACCAGAUCUAUCUAUCAUAGUGAAUAGUUCCUCUAGUAUCGGAGCCCACCACUCUGGCUUGGCUUUGAUCAAUUCAGAUGGAAUAGCAUCAGGGCUGGCAGCCUUUCCUGCUUUCAUCUGGUCAAUUAAAGUUAUAACUUCAGUGAUGGAGACAGGGGACCACUCAUCUGCAAAAGUAAAAGUGGUAUGGUCUUGAUUAUCAGGUGGAAUACAGUCAUCAAAGAAAACCGCCUUAAAACGCUCUACCCAUUACAAAGAUGGAAUCAAUGUCAGUGAAUCAUCCUGUGUCUGUGGGGAGUCCUUAGAAUUGAGGGAGCUAUUUCUGGUUGCCAGAAGCACCAACCCAGUCAAAAGAGACGUUGCCUUUUAUAAUUUGCUGUUGAUUUCCUCCACUGUUCUGGCAGUCAGCAGACAGUGGUCCGCGAGUAUUUCUGCACAGAGCGGUGCCCCCUCUGAUAGUAGUUCAUGGGAUAGUUCAUGGGCGCUCGUCUCAGCAUUCUCCCCUGGGUGAUCUCCACCCAUUAAAGUGUUCCCACCUACCUGGGAAUGUGCUCUACUGGAUGUGGUAGGUUCUGAAUUCUGUGCUCUUACGAAAUCAUCCAGUUUACACUGCUUGCACUUCUGCUGUGGGCUCACUUGUGGAGAAGAGACCGGUCACUUCUUUCUCCUAGUCAUUUUCCUGGAGAUGCAGCCGCUACUAAUUUCUGCUGUAAAUCGGAAAGCUCGGCGUCCUCCCAAAAUAGAGCAAUUAAUCUCCACUCCUGCUGAUAAGUAAUUGGUAGAUUGAGUGGAGCUGGAGCUAAUUAAGGCUUUCUCUGAGACUUUCCAGGACUUUCUCUAAGACUUUUAACUUGAGCUUUUAACUCAAGCUUUGUGAAUAUAUUAGUUAAGGAAAAGCUGCCAAAUGUUGUAGAUAAAAUACUGAGGCUGAUAAAAGCUGAUAAAACUAAUAAAAACUAAUAAAAACCACACAACUGAUGUGGAGCUCAAGUCAUCUAACGACUAACAACGCCAUCUUGGUAAUCUAUCUUUAUCAACCAUAGUUUCUUCUGUCCACUAGACCAAUCUGCCGCUGCCACGCCUCAGCUGCCAGGGCUCCAUGGUGGGGGCACCUGAUUGUGCCCCCUCAAAAUUGUGUGCCCAGAGCCACAGCCCCCUGGUCACCCCAUGCUAUGCCUCUGCUCCCAAUAGCACUUCUCCAUGCAGAGGAUCUGUUACUUGCUUGCUCUUCUACUUGCUUUGAGCAUACAGUACCUGAAGAUAUCUUUAUCCUCUUGCAAGCCUGAUCUCAUUCUGAGGUUUGGCCUGCCUGUCCUCCCUGCAACCGCAUCUGUGAUUUCCCCUUUCGUCCAUUUCUGUACAUGCCCUUCUUAAACCUCAGCUCACCUCUAAGCUCCUUAAGCAGUCACACGGGUUUCUUUAGGUGCCUCUCACUUUUCUUUAUUGUUAGACUUAUCUGCCAUUGUGUCUUCAUUAUUUCACCUUUAAGAAACUCCCAUUUUUGAAACCAGCCUUCUUAAAGUCCAUAGCAUAGUUGGACAUGCACUCUGGACUUUAAAAAGGGUGCUUUUAGUAAGUUUAAGGAACUACUGGGUGAGAUCCCAUGGUCAGAAAGACUUAAAGAGAAGAGAGUCCAAAUUGGAUAUUUAGUAUAUUUAGGUUGCAGUAGUGCUCACAUGAUAGUGUUUGUUUCUAAGAAUUCCAAAGCACCACAUUCCCCCAAAAUCUGUGUGUGUGUACUGAAGGGCAAACUCAAAUCUACUCACUCACCUGUAAUGAGAUGCCUUGUUGCCUGUGGCUACCAGGCAAGGGUUUAAGCACAAAAAUCACACUAUCCUUUGUACUUUCUUCAAAGAAACCUGGAAAUUGCAGUUUCAUUGAGACAAAAGCCCAAUGUAUUUUAUAUGUAUCGAUGCCUAAGCAGCUGAAAAUCUAAAAUCCUUUUUACUCUCUGCCUUUUGGCAAAGGGAGCUGGGCUGCUUCUGAAGGUGUUGAUGCCAUUAAAAAUGGGAGAACAGUCAGUUUGUAAAUAAAAUACUGUAGUUUUACUAUGCCAAACUGUUCCUGCUUUGGCUUUCCCACCAGAACUGUGUGGGUUACACUUGUACUUUGUAACUUACUGAGUUGCCCAGAGUAAUGCAACAACUCCAGGCCAAUGUUGUGGAGAGUAGAUUAGGAACAUUAACACACAACCCUGUUAGCUUUACAGGGAUCCUUAGACGGUUGAAGUCAUCUUACACCCUCUUAAUUCAGUAGCACUGGCUUAAGCCGUGAAUUUGUUACUUGGCUCAGUGAAGGCAAAGUAGGUUGGCAGGUGGUUGCCACAGACAUUAGGGAAUGAGCUGCUGAGGGUGGGAAGGGGCAAUUUACGGCUGUCUUGUUUUGACUUCCCUCCUCUCAGAGGUCUGAGCCUUCGUUCGAAGCCAGAGCUGCUGCAGGUGCUGGAGCACCGGAACCGGCGCCGGGACGGGGUGGAAAGUGGCGUGGAGCCGCCGUCCCUGGAGCAAGAGCUGCUGCGCUGGCAGCAAAGGCGGGAACAGGUAACACCCAGAGAACGUGACUGUGGCUGUCUUGAUGUGGCUCCCUGCAUCUCCUGAAAGGCCACUUGCCAGCACUGCCAUGGGGUGUGUCUUCUCUAUGGUUCACUCAGAAGCACCUCAGAGAAACAGGGGUUUUUUUUGUCUACAGAACCAGCAACAGGAAGAAACAGGUGAUACGGUUGGGAAUCAACCAGAGUUCAUCCAGGUCCGGGAAAACCUACGAAGGACACACUAUCCACGAGAUCCCCCUCCUCUGCGUGCAGCCCCUCCCCCAAUAUCCAGCCCCUUCCUGCGCCCUCAUCUCACUAAUCGGCAGCCCUUCAGGAUCUCAGCCACACGCUCAUCUGUGGUCCCCAAGCCCCCAGCCCCACAGCUUCAGGGUUCCCUAAAGGGCUCGAGUCUCUCCUCAGCUCCCCUUGCCAAUACAUGAGCUUCCUGCCUCCCACCACACUUGUCACUAAUAUGACCAGACACAUUAUGGCUCCCUUCUGCUCUAGAGCUGGAGAGGCAACACCACAGCAGCCUUUGUCCUAAAUGGCUGGGCCUAUACUGCACCCAAGAGCUGGAAUAACCUGAAAGGGAAGGGGGCAAGGGGUUGCUCUGAUCUGGAUCCCACUUCUCCACACCACUUGUCAGUCAGAUAAUAAAAGCCCUCUUAAACAGAAA